GUGACGUUAGGCCGAUCCCGGCCCCGGCUAGCAGAGCGGAGACGCUGCCACGAAACCCGUACCUGCGGCUAAGAGCAGGAAAAAUUAAUCAAGAUGUCCACGAUCUCAAAGCACUUUGGAUUGAACUACAAGGAAGAAUUGUACAUCUUUAAAGAGCGUGAUAAGAUUUGCCGGAAAACCAAAAAGGAUUUUCUCCAGUUCAAGCAGAAGCUGGCCUCCAAGCCCGCUGUCGAUGAAGUUGCAGUCUUCAGUCUCCAGGAUCCUGGCCCUGCCAGGUCUGGGGAGAAGGCGAGAGUUUUCUCCGCUGGACCCCAGCAGCCAUCAGGGUCCCUUCGGGCUAAAGGCCCCGCAGCACCCUCAGCAGGCCUACUGCAGCAGGCGCUCCGAGGUACGAGGCGCCCCCCAGGCCGGAGCGAGGGGGCUGCUCCCGGGAAGCCGCAGGUGUUUUGCCCCCAGGACUUCUACAAGCGGAGCUCCGCGUUCCUCCGGCACCGGCUGUUCAAGCACCUGCCAGCCAUCGCCACCAGCGUCGGCACGUCCAAACCGUUGGUCCCGAUGCCACCACCUGCACGGAGGAGAAUGGCCGGGGGUUCCUGGGGCCGGAGGAGCCCGAGGCUCUCGAGUGCCAAGCGGGUCCUCAACGUGGCCCGGGGGCGCGCCCCGAAGCCGGAGCCCGCUGCGCCCGCAGAGGCCAGCACGGCCGGAAAGCGGAAGACCAGCUCGAUUUCCAGUGCAGAGGGCGAGGUGGAGGCCGCCACGCGGCAGCGGAGAGUGAGGAUUCGCACCCACUACUCGCCUGAGGGCGCGUCCAGGUCAUUUUCCAAAACAGAUGGUGAAACUGCCCAGCCGGGCAACGGGCUGGAGGCCGUACUGCAGGCCCCGCUGCCGGUGAGAGUGAUCCCGACGUCCAUAGAGGAGAUCAUCGCCUCGCUGCAGUCCGAGGCCCAGCUGGCCUCCGACCGGACUAUCAGAGACCUCAUACAGAGUGUCCUCGGCCAGAACUACGACAUUCAGAUGGAAGAUAUUUCUUUAAUGGGAAAAAUGUACUGGCACAAAACAUCUCAAGUGCAAUCAGAGCAAGGAUUACAGAUAAGUAUUGAGGAACCUCAAAUGAACGAGUUGGAGGAAUUUUCUGAAACUGUAUCAAGUGCUUUCCAGAUUGAUCAAGAGGAUACAUCAGAAAAGGGAGCCUCAGAAACAGAAAGUAUGGUAUUUAAACCUCAGGAAACUUCUGAAAUUCAGCCAGCAGAUGAAUCGAGUAAACUUUUGGAAGAUAAACAGCCCACACCUGAUUCAAAAGCAGCCAAAUGGGUGGCUUUAAAGGUGAAAUCAUCUGAAUUGUUGCAAAUCAGAGGAAAAGAAGUUAAGCGAACACGAAAAAGUAAAUUAAGAAUUCCACUACAAAAAAAGUCUGCAAAACCCCGGCAGGAUCAAAAACUAUUAAAACAAAAAGUUCUACAAGACCACUCCAUUCCUACCUUUCAUGGUCUGUGCACAACUGUCCCAGCCUGGAUGCUUCCCACCAACUUGUACCUGGCUUCUCGGGCAUAUCAUACAGCCGACAAGAAAGGCCACAAUACUCUACUCAGAGUAUUUGGGAAGUCCUUGUUAGAUGAUUGCUUGACAGAUGAAGAGCAAAGAGAUAGAGUAAUGCAAGGAAUCCCUGUUAUGGGUGAUGAUCAAGCACAUGUUCCUGUCCUUCCAGCAACACCAGGGAUGCCACCCGAAUUGGAACAAGGAACUGGACAGUGUGCUCACAAACCACUGCAACUCUUGGGAGAGGAAGUGUCAGCGUAUCCAGGAUUUACAAAGUUGUUUUGGAAUCUAAAUUCAUCCAAAUUCCAUGUUCCAGUAUCUGUCGUGAGAGAAACACUAUAUCCAAAAUAUGAGAGUGUUCAGACAAGCAGAAUUCUAAUUGAGAAAAUUUCACCUGAAAGCAGGGAAAGUGUCACUAUAAAUCAGUACAAUGGAAAGCAUAGGUUUAUUUUUCCAAGAAAAUCUUCAUCACUUAGUAAUAUCAAAAAAUUUUGCAGCAUACAAUCUCCACAAUUAAAGAGAAUAAACUCUUUAGCUGAAUUGAGGAAGGAGGGGACCACAGUUCUGUUAGAGAUUAAGGAUGAUGUGCAAAGCAGUAUAAGAGAGGUGAUGUUUCAGAAAGCAAAGGAAUUGGAACGUCGUGGGAUAAUUGAGCAAAACGCAACUGAGGAAGUCACUUUUGCGAAAGAAAAUAUAGAUACCAUCUUAGACACCAUUCAGGACAAUCACAGCCUAAGAGAUCUGUCUGUUUCUCUCAUUGAAGCAUCUAGAAAAGCUGGCAUCAGUUACAUUGUUUAUCCCAAGAAAAAGAAGCUGAAAUGGAAGAAAGGACAGAAAUUCACUAAACUUCCAUUUGUGUUGGAUGCGUUGUCCAAGCCUCCAAAUAUUCUAAAAAGGGCAACGUCUCAUGAAAUCCUUCCUGGACAGAAGAAACAUUUGCUCAGAGUUCCAUUGUAUGAACGUCAAAUACGAUGUCCCAGUGUACCUUCAUUGUUAAAUUUUGACAAAUUUGCCCAAAGUAUGGGAGGGAUUCCAGAAAAUAGUGACCCUCGAACAUGGGUUCUUGAUAUAUUCUCUAAGCAUAAACCUCAGAAGACAACCACAAAAGAGAAAGUUGUUAGUACACGUGUUCAGAAAGACUUGUCUAAUGAAGUGAAAGAACUACCAAAACUAGAGCUAAGUGAUUCUGUGAAGUGUGAUCUUUCUCCAGAGGUCAUUAAACAUUUUGAAUCUGAAGUGGAGAUCUUGACUGAAGAAAUAAAUAAUAAGAAAGUAUAUCCUGCAUUUCCAUAUUGUAGGCGUGGAGCUCUGUACAGGAAACUGGGAAAAUUACAGAGUGCCAUGAAUGAUCUACAGGAAGCUAUACUCUUGGAACCAUUGUUUCUCAAUGCCUUUUGGCAUCGACAUCUCAUUUAUCUUUUCCAAGACAAAAUUAAUGAAGCUUUGGAUGACUUGAAUUAUAUAAAUAAAUAUAAUAAAAAUAGUGCAGAGGCAUAUUUGUCCAAGGCAGAAAUUUACAGGAAAAAAAAAGAUAUCACUCUCGCGAUUCUAAACUAUACCCAGGCAAUUAAGUGCAAACCCACAGAUGCUGACAUAUAUUUCAGGAGGGGUGAGAUGUAUGAAAUAACAAACAGAGUGCUGGCCAUGGAUGACUUCGCAAAAUGCAUUUUUUAUGAUCCCACAAGAACAGAUGCAUUAUUGAAGCGUGGAAUGUUUUACUAUGAAAAUGAAAGCUGGAAUUCAGCCAUCCAGGAUUUUACAGCCUUGUUAGAUAGAGAGCCCAAAAAUUCUCAAGCAAGGACAUACCGAGGGAGAGCAUAUUUUAAACGACAUCUUUAUAAGCAAGCAACUCAAGACCUUUCUGUUGCAAUUCACUUAGAUCCUAAUAACUGGUUAGCACUGUAUUAUAGAGCCUGCUUAUUGAGAAAGAGUAACCCUUUUAGAGCACUCCAGGACUACAGUGUUUCAGCUCUCAUAAAUGAUGGCUAUGAGAAUUUUGGUUGUUUUCUACAUCGGGGCAUACUCUAUGCAGAUCUAAAACAUUGGUUGCUGGCAAUUAAUGACUUUGAAACUGUUAUUUCUCUGGAAAGAACUAUUACUUUGGCUUAUAUAAACAUUGGCCUCAUACACCUGCUACACUUGAAUAACUACACUGAAGCCAUUUGGUAUUUUUCUGAGGCUCUUAAAUAUGAUCCUUCAUGCAUUCAAAGCUAUAUUUGUCGCGCAGAAACUUAUCACAAGGUGCAUAAACUGAAAAAGGCAGUAAGAGAGUUGUCUCGUGCUAUCCACCUUCAUCCAGAUGGAAUCCAAUUGUAUAUAAUAAGAGGACAGUAUCUUCUUAAGAUGAAAUGUUAUGAUCUUGCAAAGUUCACUAUUUAUCAAGUAGCAGAAAUGAACAAAGGCGUCAUUGAUUUGAGUCCUAUACAGCAAGCUCUCAUUUACUCUUUUUGUGAAAACCAUGAUGAGGCCAUUCAGGUCUUGGACCGGGUCACUUUGAUCAAGCCUGAUGUUGCCAUGUACACUCUAUUAGCGAAAGCCCAAAUGAAGGCCAAGAGAAACAAGGAAGCUGUGAGAAUGUUUAAAAAGGCGUUGGAUGUCUUUGCUCAUUCCAAUAAAGGACCAAAUUCCUUAGAGGCUUCAGCAGACUGUCUGUAUAACUUGGGUCUUUGUUACAUGGAUGAAGGCAACUUACAAAUGGCUUUUGAUUCUUUUACAAAAGCUGUGAAAACAAAUCCUAAUUUUGCAGAAGGCUUUUAUCAGCGUGGGCUUUGUAAAGUGAAACUCCACAAGGAUAGCUCGAUCCUGGAUUUUAAUCAUGCAAUUACCCUCGAUCCAAAAUAUUAUGAGGCAUACUUGUGCCGAGUAGCCUUCUAUGGUUUGAAAGGCAGAUACUCCAAAGCAAUCUUGAAUUGUAAUGAGGCCAUCAAAAUAUAUCCUCAUAGUGUGCGAGCUUAUGUCUACAGAGGCGUUCUGAAAUAUCACAAUAAGACUUACAAGCUAGCGAUUAUAGAUUUAACUACAGCUAUCAACAUGGACAAAAACUGUUAUAUAGCAUUUUAUAACAGAGCAUUGUGUUAUACCAAGAUACGUGAACUUCAAAUGGCAUUAACAGAUUAUGGAAUUGUGCUGCUUCUUGAUGCUGGAGAAACUGUGACAUUAAAUACCUUCAUUAAUCGUGGACUCAUCUAUGUAGAACUAGAGCAGUACAGUUUUGCAUUAGAGGAUUUUAAACAAGCUGCAUUGCUGACCAAGACGGACGUGAGCCUUUGUCAGGCUACUGCCAUGUGCCAUCACAGAAGCAAAGAGUUUGAAGAAGCUGUCAAUUUCUUCACCUGGGCUCUUAAAAUUAAUCCUUGUUUUGUGGAUGCUUACGUUGGACGGGGAAAUUCUUACAUGGAAUAUGGUCAUGAUGAAGGCGUCAAACAAGCACAGAAGGAGUUUCUGAGAGCACUGCAUUUCAAUCCAACAUCUACAAAAGCCAGAAUUAGUUUAGGCUAUAACUUGCAGACCCAAGAAAAAUUCCAGAAAGCUUGGAACCACUUUUCCAUUGCCAUAGAAGUCGAUCCAAAGAGCUACCUAGCCUAUGAGGGAAGGGCUGUGGUCUGUCUUCAGAUGGGCAAUCACUUUGCUGCAUUUCAGGAUAUUAAUACUGCCAUAAAGCUCAAUACUUCGGCAGAAUUCUUAACAAACCGUGGUGUGAUUCACGAGUUUAUGGGUCAGCAACAAAAUGCAAUGAGAGACUAUCAAGCAGCGAUUUCUUUAAAACCCACAUACUCACUGGCCUACUUUAAUGCAGGAAAUAUCUACUUUCACCACAGGCAGUUUUCCCAGGCCAGUGACUAUUUCUCAAAGGCUUUGAAGUAUGAUCCAGAAAAUGAAUGUGCCACCAUGAAUCGAGCUAUUGCAAAUACAUUAUUAAAGAAGUAUGAAGAAGCUAAAGAAGAUUUUGCAAAUGUAGUUGAAAGCUGUCCCUUUUGGGCUGCAGUGUAUUUUAACAGAGCACAGUUCUACUGUUGUUUAAAGCAAUAUGAAUUAGCCGAGAAAGACCUAAGUAAAGCUCUGUCUUUGAAGCCUAAUGAUGCUCUGAUAUACAAUCUUAGAGCAGAAGUUCGUGGUAAAAUGGGUGUGAUUAAGGAAGCUAUGGCUGACUAUAACCAAGCCCUUGAUCUUCAAGAAUAUGCCCAGUGAUAUGGCUACAUAGACUGUGGUUUCUGCAGCAGCUUACACAACUGUUAAACCAGAAAUUGAAGUGUAUUCAUUGUUUAAAACAAAGGUUGCACUAUCUUCAUUAUUGUAUUCAUUAUGUUUAGUCUUCUAAUACAACCCUUUAAUGCAUUUUAACAACACUUAUAUUACUAAAAUUUUAAAACAUUUAGAUCAUUUCAUGUGUAUUUGAAACAACUGAAUAAUUGAAUUUCUUCAUAGGGAGCAGAAUGUAAAUGAGACUGUUUCUUAAGGAAUAUUAAUACUUCAAGUAUGUUCUUUAAAGUGAAAUAAUUCCUUUUGAAAUAAUACUGCAUGAUUGUAAAAACCUCAGCCUUUUUGCCAGUAUCUACUCAUAAUGUAUUCAACAGUAUCCAACU